CCCUGGAAUUGUGCCCCCGGAGACUUCUACAACAUUCAUUUGCCUUUUUAAAACACCACCAGAUUUCUUCACUUGUUGUACCACAGGGGAGAAAGAUCGAGAGAGAAAAAGAAAAUGGCAGACGAUAUUGCCCUACUGGACUUCUGGCAUAGCCCAUUUGCAAUGAGGGUGAGAAUCGCAUUGGCAGAGAAAGGAUUAGAGUAUGAAUCAAAGGAAGAGGAUUUGAGCAACAAAAGCAGUCUGCUGUUAAACAUGAACCCUGUUUACAAGCAAAUCCCAGUGUUGAUUCAUAAGGGGAAACCCAUUUGUGAAUCACUCAUCAUCGUUGAAUACAUCGAUGAGGUUUGGCCUCACAAGCCUCCUCUGCAGCUGCUUCCGGCUAAUCCUUACGACAAAGCUAAAGCCAAGUUCUGGGCUGACUAUAUUGACAAAAAGAUAUAUCCAACUGGGAAGCUGGUAUGGGGAGCAACAGGUGAGGUCCAAGAAGCUGCAAAGAAGGACAUAAUUGAGAACUUGAAGGAGCUAGAAGGAGAGCUGGGAGAGAAGCCGUACUUCGGAGGUGAGAGCUUUGGGUUUACAGAUGUGGCAUUGAUUCCAUUCUACACAUGGUUCUAUGCAUUGGAAACUUGUGGGGAUUUCAGCAUUAUUCAGAACUGCCCAAAGCUGGUUGCUUGGACCAAAAGAUGCAUGCAAAGGGAAAGCGUUUCCAAGUCUCUGCCGGACCAAUAUAAAGUCUAUUGCUUUCUCAUGGACCUUAAGAAGAAGUUUGAUGCCAAAUAAGAUGGUUUUUAAUAUAUUUGAAG